AUGGUCCUCACCUGGGCAUGCCGCCCCGUCGCUCGAAACAUCCAUACGUCCGCCGUCGCACGCAUGGCACGCAGGUCUCCAACCGCGUCAAGUACAGCUACCCCCUCCACUCAUACAGCCGCUAUGCAGCAGUUGGCAAAUUAUGACAUCGAGAAGGACGUAGACGACGACACGACGAUGGCUGGUCACCUGUUGUUCCAACAACAACGUCAUGCGCUGUACUAUAUGCGCUUGAUUGAGCAUGAAAUGCCAAAGCUGGUCGCGUACCGGAAGCCUUUCAUCCCACCAAGCGUGUCAAUGCCCCUUGUUGUACGCUCCAUAUCGUAUGGUGGCGAACAGCACCCUGUGGAUGUCAAGCGCACCAUAGUUGUGCCCCUUGCCCAGCUACCUCUAAAGGAUACUGCGGCGAUCCACAAAUUCAAGUUACUGGCUGGGCCUCGUUGGACGCCAGAUCCUCCGCCAAAUUCAGGAGUUGAUAGGAAUGAGUCUAACAGCGAGCACGGAUACUUUAAAAUUGCCUGUGAAGACUUCCCAAAAGCAGCCAUGAACUUGAAGUGGGCCAGCGAUACACUGGAUAAGUUGCUCACCGAAGCUAACGACACCAGAGAUACUUUCGCAGAUGUUCCCCUUGAUAGCCGACAUCUCACGGCGAAGGCUAGGAAAGCUAGGAAGGGAGAGCAUGUAUAUGCUCGCCGUGGUGUCCGACCUACCAUCAAAGACUUUCCUAAGGAGUGGUUGCCACUCUCGGAUGCAGAUAAUACUUUCGCCGACUCUUCGUCUAGUUCAGUUUAA